AUGCCGAUUAGCGAAGAAGAAGUACGGGCGAACAAGAUCCUAAACGAAACGACGAAAUUCUUAGGCGAUCGAUACGAGUCGGGACUUCUCUGGAAACACGAAGAGCCGAACCUGCCCGACAACAGCCAGUCUACACUAGCGCGUUUCCUCAAGCUAGAACGAAGACUCAUCGCCGACGAAAACCUUGGUAAAAGGUACUCCGCAGCAAUCAACGAGUAUAUCAGCCUUGGUCACGCCCGAAAACUCUCAGCUGAGGAGGUCAACUAUCGUCCAGUUGGCCAAACCUGGUUUCUGCCUCACCAUCCGGUGAUAAAUCCGAAGAAACCCGAAAAAUGCCGCCCGGUCUUUGAUGCCUCCGCGUACUACAAGGGAAUGUCGCUGAACUCUGCCCUGCUGAAAGGACCCGACCUGCUAACCAACCUCAUUGGUGUGCUGAUACGUUUCCGACAACAUCCGAUAGCGUUGAGUGCGGAUAUUGUUAAAAUGUUCCACCAAGUAAGGGUGCGGCCAAAAGACGGGCCGGCACUUCGCUUUUUCUAUCGUGACCCGGGUAUACAGGAACCACCCUCCGUUUACCAAAUGAACGUGCAACCCUUCGGCGCAGUUUGCUCUCCGACAAUUUGUGCUCACGUUCUACGUCAAGCAGCCGAAGAUGGCGGGAUUGAUGCGGCUGACGUUACCAACCAAAUAAUCGACCAUUUUUACGUGGAUAAUUGGUUGACAUCAUCCCCAACUGCCAAAGAAGCUGUUCAGCACGCAAAAAGGGUGGCAGACGUUCUACUUCGAGGAGGAUUCGAGCUCGCCCAAUGGGGUUCAUCAUGUCCAAAAGUUCUAUUGUCGUUGCCUGGCAAUCCAGUCUCAUCCAUCGAUUUAGCCCUACACGGAAUACCCAUAGAGCGGACGCUGGGGCUUUCACUCGACUACGGCAGCGAUUCGUUUGUGGUGAGCUUAAGCAUAAAACUGGAUGGAGCGACGAAACGAGAAAUACUUCGAGAAACGUCAAGCGUCUACGACCCAUUUGGGUUUCUUUCACCGGUGUUGCUACACGCAAAACUUAUCCUGCAAGCUGUAUGCAGAAAAUCGGUUGGCUGGGACGAUCAACUAGACCAGACGACCGUCGAUGAGUGGCAACAUUGGGUCGUCUCCCUCUCGAAGCUAAAACCACUCUCCAUCUCACGAUGUUUCAACCCAGAGCUAGCAAAAGCGCGAGGUGUGGGACUUCAUCUGUUUGCUGACGCAUCCGAAUCAGCUUUUGGUGCCAUCGCCUAUCUCCGAUUUGACAAUCCCGACGGCGUAAAGGUGUCAUUUGUCAUGGCCAAGGCAAGAGUGGCACCCAUCAAAUACGUUUCGAUUCCCAGACUUGAGCUGUGUGCAGCAUUACUCGCAGCCCGUCUAGCAUCAGUGAUCAAGUCAGAACUUCGACUAAAAAUCGACCAAGCCACAUUCUGGUCGGACUCCACAACGGUUUUGAGAUGGAUCAACUCUCCACACUAUCGUUUUCAUGUUUACGUUGGAAACCGAAUAGGCGAAAUAUUGGAGCUGUCCGAAAGUAGUCAAUGGCUUUAUGUCCCUACAACUCAAAACCCAGCAGACGAUGUCAGCCGUGGCGUCACAUCUACAGAAUUUUCCAUCGAGCAUCGUUUCUUUACUGGACCAUCUUUCCUCUAUCAAUCACCGCAAAACUGGCCGGCCUUCCCCGAUGUAAAACAGGGAAUUGACGAAACAGAGGAUCCCGAAGUUCGCUGUACGAGAUGGGUUGGUGCGACACUACACGUAACCGAUUCCAUUGACCGGCUCACCACGUACACCUCCCGCUUUCCGUUUUUAGUCGGCGUCGUCGGCUACGUCAAACGUUUCAUCAAUAACGCUCGGAAAGAAAAAACCCAUCGUGAUUUCGGCAAACUAUCGGAAACCGAGGUCAAGAAUGCGGAAGCGGAAUUGUUUAGGCGCGCCCAGAUGUCUGCCUUUCCUGAAGAUUACAGUAAUAUAAAGGAGGGAAAGCAGCUCGAUCCUGGUUCAAGCCUAAUCACGUUAACGCCAUUCGUCGACCAUCAAGGAGUUUUACGGGUCGGAGGACGUAUUGAAAAUGCUCCAACCCCACCGGAAGCUCGCCAUCCGAUCAUACUCCCAGCCGAAGAAAAAAUCACGGAAUUGAUGAUUUAUAGUCUUCACCUCGAGUUCGUACACUCCACUACAGAGAGAACCUUUCACGAAUUACGUAAACUCUACUGGGUUCAACGUGGACGAAAAACGGUGAGAAGAAUUAUAAACAAGUGUUUCAAAUGCAAGCAACACUACGCAAAGGCACUUUUUCCAAUGAUGGCCGCUCUUCCCGGUUACCGUUUGAAGCCUUUCUACCCCGCCUUGACACACACCGGAGUAGAUUUCUUUGGCCCGUACAACGUAACGAUAUUCAGACGGAAAGUAAAACGCUGGGCCUGUUUAUUUACUUGCAUGUCAUCAAGAGCCGUGCACCUGGAAAUGUCAUACUCUCUUGACACUUCCUCCUUCAUCAACUGCAUCAGUCACUUCGAAGAUCGCCGUACAACCCCGAAACAUUAUCACAGUGAUAAUGGCACGAACUUUGUUGGAGCUGUGCGUGAAUUUUCCGAGUGUCUCCGUCGGAUGGAACAGCUAGCCAUUCAAGAUGGGCGAAAACGAAGAACGGUGACUUGGAGUUUCAACCCACCUUCCGCUUCCAUUUUGGUGGAACCUGGGAACGUCUAG